AUGUCUGGACUAAAUCCUUUCCGCCAUAAGAAAGCUGCCUCUACCGUUGGGACCGUUGCUGCCGGAGACUCGUCGUUCCCCACACUAGAACCAGGCAGCCGUCGUCACCGUCCGGAGCCUCAGGCCUGGGACAGCGAGGAUAGACGGCCAGCGACAGCUGAGGAAUGGCUACGGGGCAUAGAUACAGCUGCAGUGACGCAGAGGGAGGACCAGAGGGAGGAUGGCGGCCGGCAGCUGUUCGAGAGGGCGAUGAUGGUGGACGAAUAUCCGUCCCGUCCCACUGCCAAUUCGAAGACGGUCCGCAUCGCUUCUCCGCCCGCAAAGCAGAUUCCUUAUUCAGACGAAGACAAUGACGGUAGAGAGGGGAUCCCUGAUGCUACUGCGUUUGAGUAUAUGGCAACGAACUCGACAGUUCAACAUACAUCGACACAUCGUGUCUCGACGCUGGGUUUGAACGCGGUAGAGGACCCGUUCAAUGCUGCCAUCGGUAGCUCCGGUAGCUCCGACGAUGACGACGAGGAGGAUGAUAGUACAAGCGAUGUGGACGGCACUGGACGUCUGACCACGCGGAGUCAGGAAGGGCUGGGUCUGGGACUCGGUCCAGCUGCAGACUUGCCUGCUCUACGGAGGGUGUCGUAUCAAGAAGGCCUUCGACAGGGCCGAGAACAUGACCAGAUGGAGGCAGCCAAAAGGAAGAGAGCGACGAUGGAUGUUGACACGUUUAAGCGGUUAUUACUUACGGGAGAUACGGGGACAGAGGAUACCAAUGCCAGCAGAGAUUUAGAUAUACGCUCGCCGUCAAACCAGCACCCGUUAAAUAUAGGGACAGCCGUGACGAUGCAGGAAAACCACGGAGAUCAGCCUCGGAGUGCAGCAAGUAGCAUUUCCAGCCAGCAAAGGUCAGAUAAACGACCGCCAAAGCUCCCUCCACCUCCUCCAAAGACUCGACGUGGGAAGGUCAUUGCCCGCAGCGCUGAGCCUACAGACUCUACCAUGCGGCCUGCUGGAGCUCCUGUCUCCCCUCAAACAUCAACGCAUACAACAAGUUAUACCAAAUCUCCUGCGUCUUCCAUACAUGGAGUUCCACCUGCUUCUCCCAUUUCCCGGCGUACAGCAGUGCAAUCUGAGCCUUCUCCUUCGAGUAUGCAGCAUAAGAGACCACCUACACCCCCUCUAACACGCCGACACAGCCAGAUGAAACGGGGUAAUGCGAGUAUAUCUCGCAUUGACUCGACGAAAUUAUCCCUUCCACUCAGUGCUACGAAACCGUUGAAUAGGUCCGCGUCUUUGAAUAGUGCUAGUAACCCAAAGACACCACCGCCGCCGCCAUCAAGAAGGGCUGGAACAGGAACGAGCGUGGACCACGGAUCCGUCACAUCUUCUACACCAGACACCUCGUCACUUGAUACUCCGAUGUUAUCCAUGCAGCACAAUAAGGAUGAGACGGAUGAUCAUUCACAGCGUCACUCCCACUCUACCAACAAUAUCUAUAACCAUAACUACACUCCGGCGUCAACAUCCGCAUCCUCAACCUCCUCUAAACCGUUACCGCCUCCUCCACGCCGCACCAUCGGUCCUAGCAAUACCGCCCAUUCCACAGAUAUAAAUCUCACUCGACGGCCGCCAUCAAUAUCAACAGAGGCGGACGAUCACCCCCUGCCACCGCCCCCACCACCACUACGCAAGAGUAGUAGAGGCAGCAAUAUAGCUGAAGCCGGCACCUCAGCUCCCUCUAACGCAAAUGGUAUCCUAGCCGACCUAUCACAGCUGCAGCAGGAGCUCGAUAAGUUCCGCGAACUAUACGAAGGCGCAGAAGGGGGCCCGGGCGGUAAUAUAGGUAAAUGA